GCUAUCACAGCUGGACUGAAUGGGGAAAAUGCAAGGGAAAUAUUGACAAGAGGAGGUCACUGUCAUGCAGGAGGUGCCAAAAAACAGCAGACGCUGCUUAACAGGGAAGGAGAGGAGGCCAACUGAAUUAUGAGUAUUAUCGCUUAUUCAACUGCAGUAGGAACGCACAUUGAGGUGACAGAACGCAGCUCGCCAAGGACGUCUUUUCGAACACUCUGUCAUGGUAUACCUGUGCAGCAUCAUCACCAGGCAGAGAAUGGUGGGUGGCAGUGGUACCACCCAUGAAACAGGUUCUUUUUAUGUUAAUACGCCACCUGUGCUAACAUUGGUGGACACAGUGUACGAAUCGCUAGAAGAAGCUAUUGAAUAUGUGGUGAGCAACCUUGAAGACAGGCUCAACUUAAGGAAGGGUUCAGGUUGGCGCAUCACGUUGCUACACAGUGUACAAAUCAACAUCUUGCAGCAAGAAAUGGUGAACAUAGCAAGCUUUAAAGAGUAUCCCACGGGAGUCAGGGAUGUCAGCCAAGUUGUCAACAUGGAAUCUGGGUACAACUGCACCAUUACAGUGCUAGAAGCGUAUGUGCUACUCAGGAAAAACCACAACACACCAGGUAAAAACCUCACCAGGGAUGUGUAAAACCGGAUAAGGACAAAUCAGAUCAGUAUUAAACACACACCCGACAUGCCACUGAGCAGUGUCUCCUUCAAGAUAUUGGAAAAAGACAACAACCUUAACAACUAUAUGUACAAAUUCUGUGACCUGGUCAUGGGAAAACAUCAGAAAAAACGAUGGACUGUGCAUCUUGCUAGAGAGGGGGUUAACACGUCAUGUCCCCGACUGGUCACUACUGCUAAUCACAGAUGACCACCUCACACUCAUCAAAGACAUGUUCGCCUACGUGAAGGCAUUCCGCUACGGGGUAAAGACAACGAGGAAAGAAUACACAGGUGGUAUGUGUUAUCACUGUCUAACCUUGUUUAAUACACCUGCCAUAUGCAAUGCCCACACCCGAAGUUGUUCAACCCGAACCACAGUUCUAUACCCAGAGCCCGACCAAUUUAAACAGUUUGAAAAUGCGAAAGCACUGAAUAAAAUCUAGUACAUCGCCUUCUUAGAUUUUGAAGCAUACAACAGACAGCCUGAUGCGGAUAAAGACCAGAGAAUUAUGUCAAAGCAGAAAGCGUACGCAUAUUGUUAUUCAUUCGUCGUCGGCAGAAGUGAUGAAUGUAUGCACAGCAGCGUAGGUGUAGGUGAACGUUGCGUCGUCCAUUUUCUGGUAAAAAUAGCUGAAGACUGGGCCAGGAUACGUGAGACGAUGGUGGCACACAAAAUCAGCAUGACCUCUGAAACAAUCCGCCAGUUUGAACAGGCUACACACUGCAAAAGUUGCAACAUUAAGUUCACCAAUAACACUAUCAAAGUGCGGCAUCACACACACCACAAACUGACGGACAACUAUGUGUGCACAUUAUGCAGGAAGUGCAAUUUUAAUUUGAAGUAUGCAGAAAGAACCUUACCAGUGUUAUCACACAAUUUGUCUUACGAUGCUGCACUCAUCUUGAAAGAAGUGGCCACCAAGCAUAACUUCGAAAUCUUGAAACGUGAUGGAGACACAUUUUAUUCGCUUAAAACUGGCAACAUCAGAUUGAUGGACAGUGCCCACAUGAUCAGAGGAUUGCUUUUCAGUCGCGUGGCAAGUCACAUCAAGCAGAAAGGAGCUUUGGAAAUCACACGCCAGAUGUUAUCUAAAUAUCCCGACGAGUGCGCCAAACUAGUUUUGGGCACAGGUAAACAGUACUACCCUUACGGCUACGUCACAGGUUUUGAAGUGUUCCAAAAACUUGGCAUCCCCCCAAAAGUGUGUUUCAAUUCCUCAAUGACAGGGGAAAGCAUACCCUGUGAAAGAUAUGAACAUAUCUGCAAAGUGUGGAAUGCUGCAAACUGUUUUAACUUACUGGAUUACACCGUUUUAUACCUUCUCAUGGACGUGGGAUUAUUGGGGGGUGUUUACUUAGCUUGGAGGAAGGCCGCUUAUACACAGUUUGGACUGGACCCAGUUUACUAUUUAAUGUCUACCUCCCUCUCACUAGACGCUUUACUCCACACUGCGAGCGCGCCUCCACCUAAUUUCCGAUGGGGAACUCACCAACUGAUCACUAAUAACAUCAGAGGCGGUUUCUGCAGUGUAGUCCAAAGGCACGCCAUAGCGAACAACCCUGAGUUAAACCCACAAUUUAAAGCUGGUGACUGACAAUCAUAUAUACUGUACAUCGAUUUUACCAGUCUUUAUCCUCCGGUGAUGAGCAGAUAUAAAAUGCCUUUGGAUGAAAUAACGGAGCUUUCCCCCACCAAACUAGAGAGGUUUACCGCCAGCGAUAUCACAUCCAUCAGUUCGCAGGGAGAACAUGGUUAUUUCAUCCUCCUCGAUACUGAGAAGGUUAGGGAUGAUGUCGCU